AUGUGUAAUGUAGCGAUCUCAACAUUACUGCAGCCACCCAUUGUCCGAACCGGCCUCCUACCCCAUGUCUCGGCUCCAGCCUCGAGCGCACACAAACCACCGACGGCAAGAGAUAUUCCACCAGUCACUCUCACGAACAUAUCCCACGUUGACAAUGACGACUUCUCGUCGUACCUCGCGCAAUUCACCACGCUAUAUGAGCAACUUCGGCGUGUCAAGGAGAGCGAAGUAGACACAGCAGUAAUCCGGCGAAACAGCAAACAAGACGAGGAGGCAGAAACGGCAAGUACGGAUGGGUACCUACGCCCGAGUUCAAAGCCUCCGAUGGGUCGAAAGGGGUCCAGUGCUUCGCUUUCAUCGAUAGGUUCCACUGACGCUCCCGCUCCCGCACGUCGAAGGUCAAGCUCCGGUUAUGGCAGAAAGAGUGCCCAAGGUCCUGCCCCUCUAUCUACGAUCCCUAACGUUUACUUCGACGAAGACUUCCAUCUCGAGAACCCCCGGACAUUCGAUGUUGUUAGCGAGAGGUCAGAGGUCAUUACUGCGAACCGGCCAGGGGAAAACCAAGGCGAUACAAACGGGGCUGUGGCGGCUCCGAGGAAAGCCCUUGCAACCAACGCCAUUUUGCAGGAGAAGCUGUCCUGGUACAUGGACACCAUUGAAGUGCAUCUUGUCAACUCAAUCUCGACGGCAUCCACCACAUUUUUCAAUGCUCUUGGCGAUCUGAAAGAAUUGCAUUCCGAAGCAGCCGAGUCGGUUCGAAGAAUUCAAACCCUGCGCAAUGAGCUAGAUGCCCUUGAUAAGGAAGUCGUCUCUCAAGGAGUGGAAAUUCUUCACAAACAUAGGAUCCAAGAAAAUCUGCGGCAGCUCGGCGAUGUGGUUACGCAAUUAAGACAAAUCGUUGACGGCGUCGCAAACUGUGAGGCCUUGGUAGAUGCUGGAGAAAUUGAUGAGGCGCUAAAUAGCAUCGACACCCUGGAAGACCUGAUUGCAGGUGAAGUAGAUCAGAGUGGUGAAGAAGCACCUGCGAUCCAAUAUCGGGACCUCCAGGGAGCGCUGGCUUUGCGAGGAGUGGAUGCAGACCUAGCAGCCCUGCGAUUCCGUAUUGGAAAGGCUUACGAGACAAAGUUUGUCAACAUUCUGCUCGGUGACGUUCGCCGUCAUGUUGAACAAACGAAUCACUCAGAGGUUCUGCUGCGCUGGAGUAAUGCUGCAUCCCGAGCAAAGGGAGGGCAUGCCAGAUCUCCCUCCGUCUUCCCUAGCUACCUCUCGCAGACCGAUGAGUUAAAAUCCCAGCUACUACCUACUAUGAUGGGGUUGGAGCGAUCGCACUAUGUCGCUGCAGCAACAGCUACAUACAGAGAAUCCUUGCUGCGAGAGGUCAGGAACUUGAUCCGACGACCACUGCCGAGCUCCAAUGACGACGACAACGAGUCAAUGAUGUCCAGUUCAACAGCUGGUGGAGGUAAACGAUUGUCCAACCAAGAAAAGUCCUCUCUCCUUGCUCGAAACUUGAGGGCCAUGGAUCCCGGCGAUGCAGAAAUGCUUCUGACUACCGUUUACAUCGGUGUUACAGAAACAUUGAGAAGGCUGACCACUCAGACUAAGAUCAUCAUGGAGGUCGCCAUGUCGGCGGUUGACCCCAUGGGGCUCGACGGUCUACGAUCCCCUCCCAUCAGAUCGCCAAUGAACAGCCCCAGGCCUGAUCGGUACCCGGCCAACCCUGCAUUGGCCAGCUCUGAGCUGUACGAGGAGCUACACAAGACACUGGACGUGGCGAAUCUUCUUGGCCAGGCAAUUGAUGUGGCAAUCGAGAAGAUUGUAAAGGUGCUGAAAGUACGGUCCGAGCAGGCUACCAGCCUCCCCCACGAUUUCUUCCUCCGCUACUUUACUCUCAAUCUAUACUUUGCAAACGAAUGCGAGUCUAUUUCAGGCCGGAGCGGUACAUCUCUCAAAACCGUGGUUAAUGGUCACAUCAGGGAUUUUGUGCAGAAGAAUCGCGAUGCAGAGAUGCAGAAGCUUGCGCAAGGCAUGGAGUCAGAUCAAUGGGCUGUAAGAGACUUUACCGAGAAGAAUACAGAGCUCUUGGGGCAGAUUCUUGAUGCAACUACGCACGACAAUGCGGCCUGGACAGAGAGGACCAAAAUCUGGAUCCCGUAUAGCGAGCUGGACUCUAUCGAGAACGACUUGGAGCCAGAGGCGAAUGGAACAAACAAGGACAAGACUCGACCGGCGAUCAUUGAUACGGAAAAGUUCAUCCUCCCCAACUCUGCUGUUCUCUGUCUCCAAGGAACGGCGACCUUCAUGCAGCUGAUUUCAGGCAUUCCAUCCAUGACGACCGACAUUGCCUCGUCUCUAGUGGCAUAUCUGCAACUGUUUAACUCUCGUUGCACUCAGUUAAUUCUGGGUGCAGGCGCAACUCGAUCGGCUGGGCUGAAAAACAUCACAUCCAAGCACUUGGCACUAGCAGCACAGGCAUUAUCCUUCAUCUCAACGCUCAUACCGCAUAUCCGCGAAUUCGUGCGACGACAUGCGGGGUCAGGCUCGGCUCUCACCAAUCUCAUGGGUGAAUUUGACAAAGUCAGACGGCUCUUGCAGGAGCACCAGGAUAAUAUCCAUCAGAAGCUCGUGGAUAUUAUGAGCGGGCGUGCGGCUGCCCAUUCCAAGAGCCUAAGGGCCAUCAACUGGGACACGCAAUCACCCAGCGGCACGCGACCUUACAUGGAGACACUGGUCAAGGAAACAAGCACCCUCCACAGGGUUCUGACCAAACACCUCCCGGAGGCGGAGAUCAAGAUGAUCAUGGGACCAGUGUUCUCGAACUACAAGGAGCAUCUAGGCCAGGCCAUUCGAGAGUCCAUCAUACUAACACAGCCAGGCUACGACAGCCUGAUGCUGGAUUUGCGGUUUUUUACGACGAAACUAAGCAAGAUAGACGGUUUCCUAGACGCCGGCGAUACGCUCUCCGAAAUCGCUAAAACCAAGAGACCAAGGACGCCAGAAGAACCUGACUCGUCCGGGGACCCAGCAGAAACAGAGCCGCAGCCUGAAAGCUCAGGUUGA